GCCCCCCUCCUCUCUUUCCCUCUCCAGCCUCAUGUUCAUUCCGCCGCCGAGCCGGAGCAGAGUCGCUGUCUUUAGCCCACACUGAGAGCCCACAGCCGGGCACCGGCGGAGUUCACUGAGCGGUGCCAGGAUGCGGUGCCACAAGUUUUGGGGACCGUGGUCGGUUGGAUUUUAUAUUUGGACAGCUAUUCUUUUCAGAGGCUCCCUGCAGGGGGAGUACCAGCGGAGGCUUUACAAGGAGCUGCUGGCGAACUACAAUCGAUUAGAGAGGCCUGUGGUCAAUGACUCAGCGUCAAUCCUGGUGGAGCUGGGCCUCACGCUGCUGCAGAUCAUAGACGUGGAUGAGAAGAACCAAGUGCUGAUGACCAACGCCUGGCUGCAGCUGCACUGGACAGACAUCUACCUGAGCUGGAAUCCAGAAAACUACCCCGGUGUCCAGAACCUGCGUUUCCCUUCAGACCAGAUCUGGACGCCUGACAUCCUCCUCUACAACAGCGCGGAUGAGCGAUUCGACGCCACCUUCCACACCAACGUCCUGGUGAACGCGUCGGGCUACUGCCAGUACAUCCCCCCCGGCAUCCUCAAGAGCACCUGCUACAUAGACGUGCGCUGGUUCCCCUUCGAUGUGCAGAAGUGUGACUUGAAGUUCGGCUCGUGGACGCACAAUGGCUGGCUCCUGGACCUCCAGAUGCUCGAUGUGGACACGUCCACUUACAUACCUAAUGGGGAGUGGGACCUCGUGGGUGUGCCGGCAAAACGCAAUGAGCUGUACUACGAGUGCUGUAAGGAGCCCUACCCAGAUGUGACGUUUACAGUCACCAUGCGCCGCAGGACUCUAUAUUAUGGACUAAAUCUUCUCAUUCCCUGUGUGCUGAUCUCUGGCUUGGCCUUACUGGUCUUCCUAUUACCUGCAGACUCCGGAGAAAAGAUUUCUCUGGGCAUCACUGUGCUGCUCUCACUAACCGUCUUCAUGCUCCUGGUAGCAGAGAUCAUGCCUGCUACGUCCGACUCUGUUCCUCUUAUCGCCCAGUACUUUGCCAGUACCAUGAUGAUUGUGGGAAUGUCUGUGGUGGUGACAGUUAUAGUCCUGCAGUUUCAUCAUCAUGACCCUCAUGGAGGCAAGAUGCCAAAAUGGGUCCGUGUGGUUCUUCUGAACUGGUGUGCGUGGUUUCUUCGUAUGAAACAACCUGGUGAAGAUCGCAAGCGGCCAAGUUACAAGUACCGCAACUCCUCCCAGCACCACUCCAGCACCAGCUCCAUAGAGAUGGGCACAGUACCAAGCCUCAACGUGCCCCUGUCACAGACGUCCUGCCCGCCCUGCCCCACCUCCAAUGGUUCCAUGAGCCUCUACUUUAGCAGUUACCAUCCCAUAGAGAGCCCACACUGCCCACCUUCCAGUGACUCCGGGGUAGCGCUGGGGGGACGUGCACAUGGCUCUCUCAGUGAGGAGGCCGAGCCUCCUGGAGGAGUCGGCAGCGGCGUUGGAUGCCUGGGGAUGGGAGUAGGCAUCCCCCCACCAGAGAUACAGCGCAUCUUGGAGGAGGUGUCGUACAUAGCCCAGAGGUUCCGGGACCAGGACGAGGCUGAGGCCAUCUGCAGCGAGUGGAAAUUUGCAGCGGCGGUGGUGGACCGACUGUGUCUGGUGGCCUUCUCUCUCUUCUCCAUCAUUUGCACCUUCACGAUCCUCAUGUCAGCUCCCAAUUUCAUAGAGGCGGUCUCCAAGGACUUCACAUAACUGGUUGCGCCAGAAAGAAGGAAGGAGGUGUCAAAAUGUAAGAGAAAAUUGAGAGAUUAAGAGAUUAAGAGAGAAGGUGUACAGGAAAGGAAACGAAUGUGGUCCCCAAUUAAGAGUUUGGGCGCCUGUUGGAUAAAAUGAGGGAUUUGCAGUGUGUCAUGACAAGAAUAAGAAAACUUAAGAAACUUUCCAUUUACUUUAAUAAUUGUAUUGGGCAUAUAAUUGUAUUAUACAAUUGAGUCGUGCUAAAUCACAAAUCUCAAUUAAUUUUACCACUUUGUCAGAAAAAAACAUUACUUUUACUGUUUUGAACAGAAAACUAAUUCACACCUGCAGAUGAAAGAAGAAAGGUACUGUGAAUACUUUAGGCCAAAGUUUAGGAAUCGUUAGGAAAGUAUGAGUAGAGUACUGUAUAGAUUUUUUACAUUAAGAUAUCAGUAAAGGGAAGAUAAUGAUGGUAAUAAUUGUCUUUGCCCUGAAAACAAUGUAAAUAUCAUAGUUUUAGCUGCAUUCUUCUAUAAGAAACAGCUUUAUUCAUUCAUAUUUGCUGUACAAUGACACGUUUAGCGCCACCAUCCGCCACUCCGUCUCCUACCUGACUUUCUUCUCUACUGCCCUGUAUGUACAAAACCACAUGUAUGUACAAGCACUGCCUCGGUCUGAGCUCACAUCAGUUUACCUUGAGGACUCUUAACUAAUUCUGAUGAUGCACCAUCCUUGUAAUGAUGUUAGGCUAGUUACAAACUGAGAUGUUUCACUGUGAAUCUUAUUGUUUCUUCUUUAACUUAGGUCAGCGGAUCACUGGACACAACUUCGUAGCGUACUUCCUUUGUUCAACAGUAGGAAUUCCUGUUUUAGAUCACUUCAUCACUUCUCACUUUGUCUUGCCUGUCCGUUGUGAAAUAGAGAAUCUGCAUUGUACCUCAGAUGAACAGUUUGGGGCAGGCAGUGUAUUAUAAGAAUUAUGAUAACAAUGACAUAUCCAGUAUAUUGUAGCAAAAAUCCCUGUGUGGACUGGCAUUUAUGGGCAUUGACCAGUAACACAUGACGUAGAGGUGUCUUUCUAAACUACAGUCAAACGUUGAACUGUGCUUAUUUUAUGUGAGUGUGCGGGUCUUUUUUGCACCAAUUUCUGCUGUAAAAAUUGCGAUGUUCACUUACAUUUGAAUGAUCUGUAAAAAUGUGUACAUUUUGGACUUGUUGAGCGGUUUCUGAAGAAGAAAAAGAGAUGUGACUUUUGAACCUUUGGCAGACAUGGAAAAAGGCUCAACAGCAAAACUCUUUUCACUGGAGAAUAGAUGGUAGAUUUAUCAACGGUCCUUUUGUCAGUGAAAUUUGUGUGUGCUUUGUUAGAAGGAGUCACGUAACUGAAAGUGGCUGAGAGUUGUAAAUGUGUUUGCUUCCGUGUGCCACUCACAUUUUUUUGUUGUAGGUGCAGCCAUUAGUUUCUGUCGUUCUAAGCGUGAGUUUUCAACUCUCUGUGUUAAUAAAAGGCUAUUUAUUCUCUGUAAAUAAAAGGUCUGCAUGAA